UUUUACAGAUAGGAAACAAUUGGUUCAAACAACAAAAAGUUGUCACUUUGAUACAGAUGUUAUUCUCACUAUUUAAUACAAUUAUAGAAUCCAACCAAUAAUCAUAAGAUAGAAGAAAAUAUUAUUCAGUUGCAGCCGUAAGUAAAAAGAAUUCAAAUGACCUUCAUCUAAACCUGCUACAAUAGAAAAGUUUUACGCAUUAAAUAAUAUCCAUUCAUAAAAUAUAAAUCAUAGGGAUUUUCUGCAUAGAAAGUUGAAUUAUAUUUUACUGAUUGAAUACUAUAUAUUAAACCAUAUUGUUUUUAUUCUAUUUAUAUUUGUAUUCUAUUUCCUUGUGUUUGUAUCUGUAAAGCAGCACUUAGUGUUCUCGUUUAUUAUUAUCAUCUCAUCUAAUCUUCAACAUGUCCAGUGCAUGGGUUGUACUGGUAAUGGAGUAUGUUGUUGUAAAUUGAGCGGUAACGGUAGUUUUACAGAAGUAAAACAUGAAGAGUGUUGGAAACAUCCCCCUGUGGAUAUCGAUUAUAGAUUAUGGGUGUGCACGGACUCCUCUCCUGUGCUGCAGCCGCUCAGAGGUCACCGUCAGCGGCUGCGACGCUGCCCUGUUGGCGUCGCUGUCGGAGGCGGAGGGAGAGCUCAGCCUGUGGAGACUGACGCUAGCGGACAGAGAACGCAGCUGUCACACGCUGGAAGAGCGGCACCUGGAAGCUGAUCCGCGGGGUGAAGAGCUGAGCAGCAGAGGGGCCACACUUCAUGGAAAGAGAGAACGGGGAAUGCUUUUAACUGCGGCAUCACUGCUGGUUUGAGUUCGCAGUGUUCGAAGUUGAGGUCUGCGAGGAUCCACCGGAGCACGCUCGGCCGUUUGAGUUGCCAGUUGCCGGGGAGACGAUAGUUCAGCCGGGGGACGCGCCGACGCUGAAUAAAGAGCAGCCAGUCACUUUAGAACCAUCUCUGGUGGAGUGAAUAACACAGGGCGGUCUAACCCCUCGGAGCUGAAGAGGACACCGUGAGGAGAAGUCGAGGACCGGGGCAGCAUGGUGAGUGUUGGGGCCUGGACGUUAGCUAACAUGCGGCAACCUGUUUGCGUCCUUCCUCCCUGGAAAAAAACCCGCGUCACUCGUUACCAACACUCCAGCGACUGUUCAUUAACCUUCGUGUUUCCAUUUCUUUCCCUCGGUUCAAUUAUUUACACGUGCGGUGAACGGCGUGUCGCUGUCAGCCUGCGGUGUGGAGUCAGGCCAGUUCUCACCGGUCUGCUACACUCAACUUAAGCUAGUUAGCUAAAGGUUACCACUAAGGGAGCGGGUCUGAACCCAAAUGCUAAAGUGUGGCAGGAGAUGCCUGCCCACCAGAAUGACAUCCCCGAGGGGACAGAGGAUUCACCUUGGCCGCAGACCUACCCUCCUCCUGCUGAGAUGACCAAUGGUUACACAGACGUUCCUUCCUCAGGGGGUAAAGGAUAUGACGCUGAAAGUCCUGACAGCACUGGUGACUAUGCCCCUGUAGCCACAGAGGGUAUAGUGAAUGGCAUCAACCACCCUGACUUGGGGUAUCUAGUUUUCAACCAACAAAGUGAACCAGCCAUAGAUGGUGACGUUUCAAAGGAACAACCAAUGUCUGAGGAGAGCCUAAGGGAGUCUCUGAAGAAACAGCUUGAGUUCUGCUUUUCUAGGGAGAACCUCUCCAAGGACCUGUACCUAAUAUCUCAGAUGGACAGUGAUCAGUUUGUUCCCAUCUGGACCAUCGCUUGCAUAGAGGACAUCAAAGCUCUCACCACUGACAUGGACCUCAUUGUGGAUGUGCUGCGAGCCUCUCCCAUGGUGCAAGUUGACGAAAGUGGAGAGAAGGUUCGGCCGAACCACAGUCGCUGUAUCAUUAUUCUGAGAGAGGUGCCAGAAACUACACCAGUUGAGGAGGUGGAGGCUCUUUUCAAGAGUGAAAACUGUCCAAAAGUGUUAAGUGCUGAGUUUGCACAUAACAGCAAUUGGUACAUAACAUUUCAGUCAGAUAUGGAUGCACUACAGGCUUACAGAUACCUCAGAGAGGAAGUGAAAACGUUCCAGGGAAAACCAAUCAUGGCCCGCAUUAAGGCCAUUAACACAUUCUUUGGUAAGAAUGGCUUCCGCAGUGUCGACUCCAGUGUUUUCAGUCAGCAUGCCCAACCACAGGCCCAGUACAGCUCCCCUGUCUACAUGCAGCAAAUGUACAGCCCUCAGCAGCAGUACCCUGUUUAUCCGGUGGUGUCUCCUUCCUGGAACCCUUCAGUCAUGCCUUACUUUGAAACACCACUGGCACCUUUCCCAAGUGGUGGAUUCUUGAAUGGUUACAACAAUCCUGGAAACUACAAAGCGAACUCAAGCUCUGUCAAACCACAUCGACCCAUGAGCAAGAACCAAAACCACAUGAAGGGUCACCAUAGGCCUGCAGACAUGCCCACUCUUUCUCCUUCUACCUUGACACUGGGAGCCCUGAUGGAUGCUCUGCCCUUUAGUCCACAGCCCUUGCAGACACCAGGGACACAGAGUGGCACCACUUCAGAACCAGUCUCUCUGCUCUCCUUCACUCUUAAAGAUAUUUCUCUGCCAGCUAACAUAUCCGGUGGAGAUCUGAGUGGGGCUGGACAUGGCAGGAGAGUUAGCCACAGAGGCAUGAGGAGAAAAAGAGAAGAUGAACAUACCAAGCGUCUUAUCCCUUUGAUGGAGGCCAAGGUUCCACCCCCUCCAAAGUUUGACCUGGCAGCUUCCAAUUUCCCUCCUUUACCAGGGUCUGUGGUUAGUACACGAGGAGAAACCACACCAGAGAUGCGCCUCUCUGAUGUUGUACGCGGCAUGAAGGUGACCAACAAGUCUGUGAGCCAAGAAGUUAAUGAGACCAGACGCACAACUGUCUCAGAAGAUCCUGUGAGCUCACCAGAAUCUGUGACCCCAACUGCCAAACCUGCUCCUGUGACACUGCAGACAGAGGCACCACCCACCUCAUGUGAUUCUUCUUCAGUGAAGGAAGAGGAUAAAACUAAACAUCACAUUCCAGAGGAAACAGUCUCUUCGUCCACGGAGGCAGUUUCUCCAGCAGAAUCCGAAUAUGACCCCUCCCCCUGCAGCCAGUCGUAUUCAACAGAAGCACCUUCUCCUUCUCCCUCAACUCCAACAUCAGAGCUGGGGCUCAAAAAGCUCAGCUAUGCAGAGGUAUGCCAGAAGAUGGCCAUGGACAAGCCACCAGCACUGAUUCCCUCUCCCCCACCUCCUGCGUCUUCAGCUACCCAACCCCUACAGGAGCUCAAGGUAAACAGGGGUGAAGAGCCUUGCCCCAACUGCAGGCACACAACAGACAAACCAGAGAAAAAUGGAGACAGCCGGCCGCCUCGUCAGCCAUUACGCUCCUUCAGAGGGGGAAAUGGCCAAGCCAGAGUUCAGAGUGCAGGGCUGAAAAUUCGGGAGCAUCAGAGAGGCCUAAACAGUGGAAAACCGUUUAAUCCACAGCGGGGCCCCAGACGCAGUGGCAAGGAACAGAACAUUCCCCCAACGUCACCAAAAUAACCUACGGAACAGAAACCUUUACAACAUGUAUUUAAACAAAAAAGAAAUCUAUGUAAAUAUAGAAUAUAUGUAAAUAGACAGAUGAAUAUAUUUCGUUUGACAGACUUCGUCAAAGAUUCUCUUAUCAUUGUUGAAGAAAAGACAGGAAAGUGCAUUUAGUCUGCUGACAGAAUUGCAGACGAGGUGCUGAAACAUACUUUGCCUAAAGUAAUAUCACCAUAAACUGGCAAAAGUGUGUGUGUUUGAACCUUUGAGAGAGUUAAGGUUGAAAGAACCAUCUUGUAUCUAUAAAUAUUGUUUUGUUACAUGAAGCAUUGUCAACAACCAAAUUGACAUUAAGGCACAUGUUUUUGAGUUGCCAUUAUUCACGUGUGAUUCAUCUUCAGCUUUUCAUCAGAUUUGUAUCAAGGAUAUUUGUUUGUUUUGUUUUUUUAUGAAAUGGAAGAUUUACCACAGAAGGUUUGAGUUUAGAUGAGAAGCUGUGAUUGGAGAAAUUCUCAUGAAUAUGGAAUCAUGCUCUACAACAUGAUGGGGAAAUACUAAGUUACAUGGAUUCAAAAGAUUACAUCAUAUGAUGGUUAUCAAUUAUUGCAUUUUUGACAGUUAUUAUCUUUGUGAUGCAGAUAUUAAAGCACUGCAAAUAGUUGAACUAACAAAUGUGGAGUUAAACGUUUAAUUCAAUGUAACUGUGCAAAUCACUAUGUCUUAUUUCAGUUGCUUAGUUUUAUUAGAGUUAAGCAGGAGCAGACUUUACAUGUUUUAUCAGAUUGUGUCUGUCUCAUGAAGCAAGAUUAAUGAGUUAUCAGCCAUUUUUGAACUUCAUUUGACCGUGUUAACUUCUGGAGCACAGACCCUGUUCCAGAAAUGUUUAAGUCCAGACGAUCACCCAGUAAUCACUGUAACAUAGUGUUUAGAUUGUUCUGUAUUUUCAUUUUCAAGUUUUUCUAGAGAAGGACGAGAUGUGAAAGAAUUAUUUGUAACCAACCACCUGCAUGUGACCUGCUAACACAUAUUGACUUCUGAAUAGAAAUUGUUUAAAGUAGCUGUUUGAGGGAUGCUGCUGUGGCAAGUGUCUCUUGAUCUGGUGACAUUGCCUGCAUCGUCAUCACUUCCUAAUUUCAGCUGAAUGUAUAUCUGUUGAUAUAGAAACCAUGUUUGAGCUUGAUCUUGUAAAUGACUUAUGUAUUAGCAUUCUUGAGUGUGUGUAUAUACAGGGUUAUUUUAGCAUUGUUUAUGUACGUGUUACCUGCUGCACAGCCUGUCUUUAAAUUUCAUUUUCUGUCCAUUUUCAUGCUUUUCUUUUCAUGGUUAUCAGUGUUUCUCUAAUGUUUUUAAAUUGCUGUGUCGAAUGAUUUUAGGGGGGAAAAAAAUACUUAGUUAUUGACAACUGAGUUGAUUGUUGAUGUGUACAGUCAGGAUUCAUGGCAGAGCAACAUGUAUCUGUAGUGGUGUGAGCUGAAAUGCACUAUUGUUUGAUCUCAAGGUUUUUAAUCACAGCAGAUGUAAGAAAAGGGGAAAAUGUUGCUCAGAAAUGCUGAACUUGUGCUUCAAUAUGUUUUCAUAUAAUCCGAAUAGCCUGUGGUGCUGCAAAUUUAAAUGAAUAAAAAAACGAGUGAAGGUAAAGAAUUAUACAUUUUAGGGUUAGGUGAAUUAAAAAAAAUGCCUUAGAUAAGUGUUUUGAUUCCUUCGCUUCUAGGAAACUUACUGUGGUGUUCAGUAUUUUGUUUUUUUUGUAAUCAGUAGUUGUCGCCUGUGUACAGUAUAAUGUGUUUGUAUUGUCAGUGUGAACCUGGUUGCAAGAAAGAGACCAAUUGCUUCUGCUUCAAACUACACGGAACUGUUAUCUCAAACCAAACCUCCAGUGCCUUAACAGUGUUUGAUCUCAACAGGAAAAGGUGGGAGGUUGUUGAGCACAUCACUCCACUGAUCGAGGCUGGUUAGCUGGUCGUCCAAAUCCAACACGGCCCGUUCACGACAUUUAAGACACAUAGAUCCGCUCUGAUGUAAAUCUAAGUUUAUGGUAGCUGCAGCUAAUUGGAGCAGAGCUUAACAUGUAUGUGCAUGCUUAUUUGUCCAAUGUUAGGUGUGUAUGAUAUAUUUGAUUUUGGUUGCCCGUCAAUGCAAUAUUAGUCUUAUAUCCGAGUCCUGCUUAUAUCUGUCUAAAUCAAACACAGGAUUUCAAACUUCAGCCAAGUACACACUGGUUUAUCAAGUGAAUAUUUUAUUACUGAGCCUGAUAUAUGGAAAUAAAGAUUUAUUUUUAAACA